AACUCAGUGCCGAGUAUGGAUUCUUCACCUGUGGUAACGGUUCUAGAGGGAGAUUUCAACAUGGACAGUGCAUCUGCAAGAGAAAUUGAUAUUUUAGAGAACUUAGAUGAUGACAACACUAAGCAAAUAAGUAGUGGAAAACCACCGAGGCACUUUUCUUCUAUGCAACAUAUCACAAGCACUACUGCUUCUAGGCUGCAGGUUGCAAUCAAUGCGGAUGUGGAUGUUUGUAGUUUGGUUAUGAAGUCACCUGGUGAAAAUUCAGAGUUUUUGCCUGUAUAUCGAUCAGGAAGUUGUGCUGAACAAGGGGCAAAACAGUUCAUGGAAGAUGAACACAUUUGCAUCGAUGAUCUUGGUGAGCAUCUUGGUGAAGCUGUUGGAUUCUCAUCUCUUGGAGCCUUCUAUGGGGUAUUUGAUGGCCACGGUGGUACAGACGCAGCACUGUUUGUUAGAAAGAACAUACUGAGAUACAUUGUAGAGGACUCCUACUUCCCACUAUGUGUAAAGAAGGCAAUUAAGAAUGCUUUCUUCAAAGCUGAUUACGAAUUUGCAGAUGAUUCUUCUCUUGACAUCUCAUCUGGGACCACUGCGCUUACAGCUUUUGUUUUUGGAAGGAGGUUGAUAAUUGCAAAUGCUGGUGAUUGCCGAGCAGUUCUUGGAAGAAGAGGCAGAGCAAUCGAGUUGUCCAAAGACCACAAACCAAACUGCAGCGCCGAGAAAGUAAGAAUAGAGAAGCUAGGUGGAGUUGUGUAUGAUGGCUACCUCAACGGGCAGCUAUCAGUGGCACGUGCCAUAGGAGACUGGCACAUGAAAGGUGCAAAGGGCUCUGCUUGUCCUCUAAGCCCUGAGCCAGAGCUGCAAGAAACGGACCUGAGCGAAGACGACGAGUUCUUGAUAAUGGGAUGCGACGGUCUGUGGGAUGUGAUGACCAGUCAGUGCGCUGUGACGAUCGCGAGGAAGGAGCUGAUGAUUCAUAAUGAUCCAGAGAGAUGCUCAAGAGAGCUUGUGAGGGAGGCACUUAAACGGAAUACGUGCGACAACUUGACUGUGAUUGUUGUGUGCUUCUCUCCUGAUCCUCCACAGAGGAUAGAGAUCCGAGUGCAGUCACGCGUGAGGCGGAGCAUAUCUGCGGAAGGUUUGAACCUGCUCAAAGGCGUGCUUGAUGGUUACCCUUGA